AUGGAGCCUAGUGACGCGGCGCAGCCCGGUCCAGGGAGGGCUGUUUGGGCGCUGUCGCCGCGGCUGCUGCUGUUGCCACUGUUGCCGGUGCUGCUGGGUCGGGGGCUGCGGGCCGGGGCCGCGGCCUCCUUCUCUGGGGCGGCGGCUGAGGACAGUAGCGCCAUGGAGGAGCUCGCCACUGAGAAGGAAGCGGAGGAGAGCCACCGACAGGAUAGCGUCAGCCUGCUCACCUUCAUCCUGCUGCUCACCCUCACCAUCCUCACCAUCUGGCUCUUUAAGCACCGCCGGGUUCGCUUCCUGCACGAGACCGGGCUGGCCAUGAUCUAUGGGCUCAUUGUUGGAGUGAUCCUGAGGUAUGGAACCCCUGCUACCAGCGGUCAUGACAAGUCACUCAGCUGUACUCAGGAAGACAGAGCCUUUAGCACCUUAUUAGUGAAUGUCAGUGGAAAGUUCUUUGAAUACACUCUGAAAGGAGAAAUCAGCCCUGGCAAGAUCAACAAUGUGGAGCAGAAUGACAUGCUGCGGAAGGUAACAUUUGAUCCAGAAGUAUUUUUCAACAUUCUGCUGCCUCCAAUUAUUUUCCAUGCUGGAUACAGUUUAAAGAAGAGACACUUUUUCAGAAAUCUUGGAUCGAUUCUGGCCUAUGCCUUUUUGGGGACGGCUGUUUCCUGCUUCAUUAUUGGAAAUCUUAUGUAUGGGGUGGUGAAACUCAUGAAGAUCGUGGGCCAGCUCUCUGAUAAAUUUUACUACACGGAUUGUCUCUUUUUUGGAGCAAUUAUCUCUGCCACUGACCCAGUGACCGUGUUGGCAAUCUUUAAUGAACUACAUGCAGAUGUGGAUCUUUAUGCUCUUCUGUUUGGAGAGAGUGUCCUGAAUGAUGCUGUUGCCAUUGUACUAUCCUCGUCUAUUGUUGCCUAUCAGCCAGCAGGACUAAAUACUCACACUUUCGACGCUGCUGCCUUUUUUAAGUCAGUUGGCAUUUUUCUAGGUAUAUUUAGUGGCUCUUUUACCAUGGGAGCUGUAACUGGUGUUGUGACUGCUCUAGUGACCAAGUUUACUAAGCUGCACUGCUUCCCCCUGCUGGAGACGGCGCUUUUCUUCCUGAUGUCCUGGAGCACAUUUCUUUUGGCUGAAGCCUGUGGAUUUACAGGUGUUGUAGCUGUCCUUUUCUGUGGGAUUACACAAGCUCAUUACACAUAUAACAAUCUGUCAGUAGAAUCGAGAAGUCGAAGCAAGCAGCUUUUUGAGGUGUUACACUUUUUGGCAGAGAACUUCAUCUUCUCCUAUAUGGGCCUGGCACUGUUCACCUUCCAGAAGCAUGUUUUCAGCCCAGUUUUCAUCAUUGGUGCUUUUGUUGCCAUCUUCUUGGGUAGAGCUGCACAUAUCUACCCACUCUCCUUCUUCCUCAACUUGGGCAGAAGGCAUAAGAUUGGCUGGAAUUUUCAACACAUGAUGAUGUUUUCAGGCCUGAGGGGAGCGAUGGCAUUUGCACUUGCCAUCCGUGACACGGCAUCCUAUGCUCGCCAGAUGAUGUUCACAACCACACUGCUCAUUGUCUUCUUCACUGUAUGGGUCAUCGGUGGAGGCACCACGCCCAUGUUGUCAUGGCUCAAUAUAAGAGUUGGUGUGGAGGAGCUCUCUGAAGAGGACCAGAAUGAGCACCGCUGGCGGUACUUCAGAGUUGGUGUUGACCCAGAUCAAGACCCACCACCUAACAAUGACAGCUUUCAAGUCUUACAAGGGGAUGGUCUGGAUUCUGUUGGAGGAAGCCGGACAAAGCAGGAGAGUGCAUGGAUAUUCAGGCUGUGGUACAGCUUUGAUCACAAUUACUUGAAGCCCAUUCUCACCCACAGCGGUCCCCCGCUAACCACCACUCUCCCAGCCUGGUGUGGCUUGCUAGCUCGAUGUCUGACCAGUCCCCAGGUGUAUGAUAACCAAGAGCCACUGAGAGAAGAUGACUCUGAUUUCAUCCUGACGGAGGGUGACCUCACCUUGACCUAUGGAGACAGCACUGUGACUGCAAAUGGCUCUUCGAGCUCCUACACAGCCUCCACAAGUCUUGAGGGUGGUCGGAGAACAAAAAGCAGCUCUGAGGAAGUGCUUGAGCGAGACCUGGGAAUGGGUGAUCAGAAGGUUUCCAGCCGGGGCACCCCCCUUGUGUUUCCACUGCAGGAAAAUGCAUGACUUCCCCCUAAGUCUUGGAGGAUCAGGGAGGCUCUCAUGAGGAUGAGGAUGGCCAAAUGCCCCAGUGUGUUUGAGGUGUGGCAUUGACUGGGUUAAACUAAUGCUUCUGUUUCAUUGGGCUCUGAAACUAUCAUCACCAAAACUUGACCCAAGACUCAGAUGGUGAAGCUAAAGUGUCUCUAAAUUAAGACAAAGGCAGACCUAUUCCCACUUUUUCAUAUACUAGUCCGCUGUUUCAGAGUUAAGCAAAAUAAUAGCAUGCUUUUAAUGGUUUCUCACUUCAUCUGCCUGCAGCAUCUAACCAUGGUGGGGCAGAUAAGGGGCUUCAACUCUGUGCUGUAGUGCCCGUCUAGCUGGCUUAAGGAGCAUCAAGUUGGAAUGACAAGUUAGACAAAAGACAGUGAAGAAAGGAAACUGAAAUCGGAAUCCCGAUGGUACUAUAUGCUGGUGUUACCCCAGACAGUAGAGCCCCUGGCUCUGAAGACUUACACAAUUGCAUCCUCCUGUUAGAGUCCUAGCUGUUCUAUCUGUGUUGCUCCUAGGCUAAAGAUUAGGAAGCUUGUCCAUAGGCUGGGGCAUUAGCUCAGUGGCAGAGUGCUAGAGUACUUGCCUACAAUGUACAAGACCCUGGGUUCCAUUCCCAGCACUGCAAAAAGUGUGUGUGUGGCAUUUCCAAGAGCAUUUCAAUAUGGGGAAAGAAGUCUAGUUCCUUCUCUGGAAGCCUCUAUAAGAGAGUUACUGAAAUGUUUAAAACCAAAGGCAAAUCAUGUUCUGUUCUUCUUUUUUAAUUAAUCUGAGGACAGGAGGUAUUGAGAAACUGAUGGAAGCUACUAUGUGAGCCCACUGCCUGGAAGGUAACUGAUAGACUGAGGUUUAUCUACCACAGGGUUUGAGAUAACAUGGAUAUUCGCUAGGGAGGAGAAGGCAGGAAGAAAUGGAAGAGGCCGUAGACUAUGGUUAGAGGAAAUAAAUUUUAAUGUGAAAAACUAACCUGCAAAAGAAAGAUAGAACUCUUUAUUUUUAUUUUACAUAAAUUUCAUUUUAAAACAUCCAAAAGAAGUAAUUACAAAAUCACACUAAAUAGAAUAUAGAACUUGCUUUAUUAUAAAUUAUAUAAAUGUAUAUGUUUAGGUAAAGACUGAAUUCC